CUCUUGUACACAGUUCUUGAAUGUCCCUUGCCCUGUUGGCGUCUAUCAUCAGCUGCAGUAUAUAAUCGCCGCGUUUGCCGGCGAACUGAUAUUGUUUAUUUUUCUUUAAAUGAUAAUCAAUUGUAUACAAUCAACUUUAUUCAAAACUCCGUUUUCUAUACUAAGAACAGCAACAGUAGCCAUGUCUUCAAAACCUUUGAGUCUCGAAACUUUAGAUAAACUAAGGAAUAACUUCAACUCUGAUCCUAAAAAUGAAUUAGCUCAAAAUGUCUGUGCUCGGUUUGAUCCCUUCGAAGUCGCUGUCAGCAAACGGAAAACUGACAGUACUCUACAUGUUUAUAACAUUAAGGUGGAGUCGGAAGGCAAACCUGUGACAAACCAAGAGAACAGUGGUAGAUGCUGGCUAUUUGCCGCUCUCAAUGUUAUGAGACUACCUUUCAUGAAGAAAUACGCCAUUGAAGAAUUUGAAUUCUCACAAAGCUACCUAUUCUUCUGGGAUAAGGUAGAAAGAUCACAUUUCUGGUUGAACAACAUUGUGGAAACUGCAAAACAAGGGGAAAAGCUAGAGGAUCGCUUAGUUAAUUUCUUAUUAAAGGACCCAAUAAACGACGGCGGACAAUGGGACCUGAUAGUGAACCUAAUCAACAAGCACGGCCUCAUGCCCAAGAAGUGCUUCCCGGAGACCUUCAGCUCACGUCGGAGCCUGCAUAUGAACGCUCUCAUCAAGACUAAGUUAAGAGAAUAUGCUAAAGAGUUGCGAGGUCUGGUGGCGUCGCAAGCGUCAGACGAGGAGAUCCAGGCCGCGAUAGACAAACAGAUAGCUGUUAUAUACAAUAUUGUCGCUACUUGCCUUGGUACCCCACCGGACCAGUUCACUUUCGAAUUCUACAACAAGGAGAAAGCCUACAACAGCUUCGGGCCGCUCACCCCCCAGGAGUUCUACAACAAGCACGUGAAGCCCGUCUACAAUGUAGACGAUAAGGUGUGCUUAGUAAGCGAUCCCCGGGAAUCGAACCCGUUCGGUCAGCUGUACACGCUGCAGUGUUUAGGCAACAUGGUCGGCGGCAAGCAGACUGCUUACAACAACCAACCCAUCGAAACUCUUAUCAAAGCUGUAAAAGACUGUAUUCAAGGCGGGGAAGCGGUCUGGUUCGGCUGCGAAGUGUCCAAACGAUUCGAGAGAAAAAAUGGUCUUGAAGACUUAGACGCGCACGAUUACCGACUAGUGUUCAACACGGAAGUGCAGGUCGGACUCAACAAGGCCGACAGACUCUUGUAUGGAGACUCCUGUAUGACACAUGCUAUGGUGUUCACCGCUGUCGGUACAGAUGAACAAGGUAAUCCUAAAAAGUUCCGAGUUGAGAACUCGUAUGGUGAAAAAGAAUACGAUAAGGGAUACUUACUACUCACGGAGCCGUGGUUCAGGGAGUUUGUAUUUGAGGUUGUCGUGGAUAAGAAGUAUGUCCCGCAGCACGUCCUCGACGUUUUCAAACAAAAGCCAGUCACGCUCCCCGCCUGGGACCCGAUGGGGACUCUGGCUUGUCCGCUUUGCUCACAGGAGUGAUAAUUACUUUUUGCUAUAAAUAACUUGACUUGUUACAUACAAUAGAAAUGUUCGAGGAAUAUAAACUAAUCCAUAUGGAUGAGUAAUUUUGAAUUUGAGAAUAUUAGUAUCAAUAUCAGUCAAAAAUAUGUUUUACUUAUAUAAGGGCAAGUUUUCUAUAUAUUAAUAUAGUAGAAAAAUCAAAUUUAUAUACUAGUGAAAGACUAAUACCCAAUCAUAUUAGUUUUUGAAAUAUAUAUUCGUGUAGUGGCGUGAUUCUAUAUUCACAGGGAACAAGUCAAAAUAUUUGCUGAAUUGUAAUUCAUAAACUCCCUCUAUUAGAAA